CAGCAGUGCUCACUGGGAUUUCGCUGAGGUGGCCCCAACCCCGCCUCCCUCCGCACCCCGCAAUGUCAGGAAAAACACAACAGGGGAAAUUGGCCGCAGCCAAGAAAAAGUUAAAAUAUUGGCAGAGGAAGAGCCCUGGCACUCCAGCAGGAGCUAACAGGAAAAAUAAAAUCAAUGGCAAUAGCCCUGAUACAGCCAUAUCUGGUGGUUACCACUCACCUGGGGAUGUGAGUCUUGGCUGGCCAGACAAAAACCAGAUGGCUGAACCCCUGGCCCCAGAGCCCCCAGCAGGGCCCUCUGAGGUGGAGCAGCUACAAGAUGAGACCAACCACCUAAGGAAGGAGCUGGAGAGUGUGGGAAGACAGCUCGAGGCCGAGGUGGAAAACAAUCAGAUGCUGAUUCUCCUGAACAAGAGGCAGGAGGAGAGUCUAUAUGAACAGGAGGAGAGGAUACAUCAACAGGAGGACAUGCUCUGUGAACAAGAGGAGAGGCUAUUUGAAAAGGAGCAGAGGCUGUGUGAACAGAAAAAGCUGCCAGGGCAGGAGAGGCUGCUGGAAGAGGUGGAGAAGCUGUUAGAACAGGAGAGGCGGCUGGAGGAGCAGGAGAGGCGGCAGGAGGAGCAGGGGAGGCGGCAGGAGGAGCAGGGGAGGCGGCAGGAGGAGCAGGAGAGGCGGCAGGAGGAGCAGGAGAGGCGGCAGGAGGAGCAGGAGAGGCGGCAGGAGGAGCAGGAGAGGCGGCAGGAGGAGCAGGAGAGGCGGCAGGAGGAGCAGGAGAGGCGGCUGGAGGAGCAGGAGAGGCUGGUCGUCGAGGUGGAGGAGGUGCUAGAACAGCAGAGGCUUCGGGAGCAGGAUGAGAGGCUGUGGCAGCAGGAGACUCUGCGGGAGCUGGAGAGGCUGCGGGAGCUGGAGAGGAUGCUGCAGCAGCGGGCCGAGCCACACAGCGGCUGCGAGGAGCUGGCGCGUUGCCCCACCUGGGGAGGCUGCCCUCUUCCCUAGCCCUCAAGGCCUCUGUUUCUCCACCUGUAAAAUGGGGCAUUGUAGCCUUCACAUGAAAUGGUACUUCUAAAGGUACCUGUGAGCCAGAGCCCUGCUCUGAUGGCUGUGGGAGAGAGGGGAUGAUUUUUCUAACCUGCCUCCACCCUUCCCGGUGCCAUGGGAGGCAGACACCAAGUUCUGGGGUCUCCAGUUUUAGUGGGUGGCCACUGAUUGCUUCUCUCUGUCCAGAACAACGAGAACAAGAGCACACUCCAGUGGGAGCAGCAAGGAAAGGAGCUGAAGAAGCUGGGUGGAGCUGAAGAGCCAAGAGGCUCAGAGUCUGCAGCAGCAGCCACACCAGUACUCGUGUACCGCUCUAGGAGCCCCAAUCCCACAGGAGCUGGGGUGUUGCUGACAAGCAGCAUGGACUCCCCAGGAGCACCCAGGCUUGGCUGGAGAAGCUGUUGGUACAGGAGAGGCGGCAGGAGGAGCAGGAGAGGCUGCAUGCCAUUCUUUUCGGGCUGCCGAGAACAGGGAAAUAAACAUCACCAUCAUCGAAGAGCUGGUCAAGAAAUUAAAAAAAAAAAAAAAAAGUUAAGGGGCUAAUCUCCUACACAAUUCAUUUACUUCAUUUGAAAGUUAGAGCCACUUAUGUUUAUUUGUGUUUCCAAUUCAUAGUUUAAAUUUAUUUGUGUUUCUAAUUUACAGUUUAAAUUUACUUGUGUUUCUAAUUUAUAGUUUAAAUUUACUUGUGUUUCUAAUUUAUAGUUUAAAUUUAUUUCUCAAAAGUUAAAGGAGAGUGGGUCUUUCCCUCGUGUUCACUCUGGCAUCCUUUCGCAUUUUUUUAAAUUUGAUAAUUAUAGGACGUUAGCAUGCAUAUUGAGUUUGCCCUUAUGUGGUGGGAGUUCAAACACACAAAGACCCACUAUAUGCACUCAACUGUUCUUGCUGGUUUGGGAUAGGAUGCCAUGCUUUUUUUAAUGUUAGUGCAGCAUGUAUAUUCAUUACGGAAUUCAGAUAAAAUUUGCUUAUGUU